GCGGGGACUCGGGAGGGGCCGGAGCGCGACUGGUGGUGCCUUUGCUGGAGUAGAGGGGGGAAGCGGCGCGUCCCCAGAGGCGUGCGCCCAGACCGACGGACGGACGCAAGGACGCGAGGAGGGAGAGGGCUGGGGGCGAGAAAUCUGCUGGCAUUGUGGGACCUCUUCAGGGCUGCCGAGCGCCAACUUGCUUCGUGUGUCCUGGGCAGGUGUGGGGCAGGUGGCAGUUCCAUGACCUACCACCAUGGAUGGAGGCAGACUUUUUGAUGAAGAAACUCAAACAGUCGAUGCCAGCUAGCUUGAUUUGACUGUCAUACGUUUUCACAAAACCUGCCCUGUUCCCUUUGGAGAAUCUGAGUGAGGAAGAUUACAGACACCUUCACUGGGAAGCCAAGGACAUUUCUGUAUAAUCAGGGGAUGAAAGGAUUUUCUCAGACUUUUUUCCCUUUUCCUUGAGGAUUAAUCUUUCACGUAUCUACAGUUCCAGCGAAAACGCAAGGCACACCAUGUGGCAGAAGCCUGGAGCGCCUUCAGAAUUGGUGUGGACCCUCCAUUUACCAUAGAGGAGUUAGACACAUGCUGCCCCCAGCCCCCUCCUGCUGGUCUCUUUAACCUGUCCUGCUUUUCUGAGUUCAAUUCUGUUUCCAAAACCUUCCUCUGGAGCUAUAAGUGGAUUGCCAGAAAUGAGAGAUUAAGUGCUGGGAGAAGAGGAAGCAUCCUGUGUUGUGUCUCCUCUCGGCUGCUGACAUGAAGUGCUUUUUCCUAGUGCUGAGCUGUCUGGUGGUGCUGAGUGUAGUAUCAGCACAACGGCAGGUUACCGUCCAGGAAGGACCCUUGUACCGCACGGAGGGCUCCCACAUCACCAUCUGGUGCAACGUGAGUGGCUACCAGGGACCUUCCGAGCAGAAUUUUCAGUGGUGCAUUUACCUGCCCUCUGCCCCGGAGCGUGAGGUACAGAUCAUCAGCACCAUGGACUCUUCGUUCCCAUAUGCCAUCUACACCCAGCGUGUCCGCAGUGGAAAGAUCUACGUGGAGAGAGUCCAGGAAGGCUCAGCCUUACUGCACAUCACAGAUCUCCAGGCCCGGGAUGUUGGAGAGUAUGAAUGCCACACGCCCAACACGGAUGAGCGAUACUUUGGGAGUUACAGUGCCAAGAUGAACCUAGUGGUGAUUCCCGACACUCUGCAGACCACCGCCAUACCUCAGACUUUGCACAAAGUGGAGCGGGACCCUCUGGAGCUGAGUUGUGAGGUGGCCACCGAGACGCUCCAGCACAGCCACCUGUCUGUGGCCUGGCUCCGGCAGAGAGGCAGCGAGAAGCCCGUGGAGGUCAUUUCCCUGAGCCGAGACUUUGUGCUGCAGUCCAGCAGUGAAUAUGCCCAGAGGCAAAGCCUCGGGGAGGUGCGGCUGGACAAGCUGGGGAGGACCAUGUUCCGCCUCACCGUCUUCCACCUGCAGCCCUCUGACCAGGGCGAGUUCUACUGUGAGGCUACUGAGUGGAUCCAGGAUCCGGAUGGGUCGUGGUAUGCCAUGACCCGAAAGCGUUCCGAGGGAACCGUGGUCAACGUCCAGCCCACUGACAAAGAGUUUGCCGUGAGGCUGGAAACGGAGAAGCGCCUGUACACGGUGGGGGAGACAGUGGAGUUCAGGUGCAUCCUGGAGGCUCAGAGCAUUCCUGACCGUUACUUUGCCGUUUCCUGGGCCUUCAACAGCUCGCUCAUUGCCAAUAUGGGGCCCAACGCUGUGCCGGUCCUCAACAGUGAAUUUGCCCACCGGGAAGCCAGGGGACAGCUUAAAGUGGCCAAAGAGAGCGACAGUGUCUUUGUGCUGAAGAUCUACCACCUCCGCCAGGAAGAUAGUGGGAAAUACAACUGCCGCGUGACAGAGCGGGAGAAAACGGUCACUGGGGAGUUCAUUGACAAGGAGAGCAAGCGUCCUAAGAACACCCCUAUCAUAGUCCUCCCUCUCAAGAGCAGCAUCUCCGUGGAGGUGGCCAGCAAUGCCAGCGUCAUCCUGGAGGGCGAGAACCUGCACUUCUCCUGCAGCAUCCGCACGGUGGGCAGGCAGCAGGGCCGUUUCUCGGUCAUCUGGCAACUUGUGGACAGGCAGAACCGCCGCAGCAAUAUCAUGUGGCUAGACCGGGAUGGCACCGUGCAGCCAGGCGUGUCCUACUGGGAGCGCAGCAGCUUUGGGGGCAUCCAGAUGGAGCAGGUGCAACCCAACUCAUUCAACCUGGGUAUCUUCAACAGCAGGAAGGAGGAUGAAGGCCAGUAUGAGUGUCACGUGACCGAAUGGGUGCGGGCAGUGGACGGCGAGUGGCAGAUCAUUGGGGAGCGCCGGGCCAGCACGCCUGUCUCUAUCACAGCUCUCGAAACUGGCUUUGCGGUCACAGCCAUCUCACGUACGCCUGGGGUGACCUACAGUGAAUCAUUUGACUUGCAGUGCAUCAUCAAACCUCAUUACCCGGCCCGGGUCCCUGUGUCGGUGACGUGGAGGUUCCAGCCAGUGGGCACCAUUGAGUUCCAUGACCUGGUGACCUUCACCCGGGAUGGAGGGGUCCAGUGGGGGGACAGGUCCUCCAGCUUCCGAACUCGAACCGCCAUCGAGAAAGCUGAAUCCAGCAACAAUGUGCGCCUGAGCAUCAGCCGAGCCAGUGACACGGAGGCGGGCAAGUACCAGUGUGUGGCAGAACUGUGGCGGAAGAACUACGACAACACCUGGACACGGCUGGCGGAAAGAACCUCCAACCUGCUGGAGAUCAGGGUGCUGCAGCCAGUGACAAAGCUGCAGGUGAGCAAGUCCAAGCGGACCCUCACCCUGGUGGAGAACAGGCCCAUUCAGCUGAACUGCUCAGUCAAGUCACAGACCAGCCAGAACUCACACUUCGCCGUGCUCUGGUACGUGCACAAGCCCUCGGAUGCCGACGGCAAGCUCAUCCUUAAAACCACCCACAACUCUGCCUUCGAGUAUGGCACCUAUGCUGAGGAGGAGGGCCUGCGAGGGCGGCUCCAAUUUGAGAGGCAUGUGUCUGGGGGCCUGUUCAGCCUCACUGUCCAGAGAGCCGAGGUCAGUGACAGUGGCAGCUACUACUGCCAUGUCGAAGAGUGGCUGCUGAGCCCCAACUAUGCCUGGUACAAGCUAGCGGAGGAGGUUUCAGGGCGCACAGAAGUCACGGUGAAGCAACCAGACGGCCGCCUGAAGCUCAGCCAAGCCCAGGGGAACCUGUCAGUGCUGGAGACCAAACAGGUGCAGCUAGAGUGCACAGUCCUGAACCGCACCAACAUGGCUUCCCAGCUCGUAGUGGAGUGGUUUGUAUGGAAACCCAACCACCCAGAGCGGGAGACAGUCGCCCGCCUGAGUCGGGAGGCUACCUUCCAGUAUGGAGAGCAGGCAGCCAAGAACAACCUAAAGGGGCGACUACAUUUGGAAAGUCCUUCCUCGGGCGUGUACCGGCUCUUCAUCCAGAAUGUGGCUGUGCAGGACAGUGGGACGUACAGCUGCCGCGUGGAGGAGUGGCUGCCCAGCCCCAGCGGCAUGUGGUAUAAACGGGCAGAGGACACUUCUGGGCAGACAGCUGUCACAGUAAUGCGACCAGAUGCUGCCCUGCAGGUGGAUACAGUGGUCCCCAACGCCACGGUGGCAGAGAAAGCAGCCUUCCAGCUGGACUGCAGCAUUGUGUCUCGCUCAAGCCAGGAUUCCCGCUUUGCUGUGGCCUGGUAUUCCCUGAGGACUAAAGCUGGAGGGCAAAGGGGCAGCCCUGGCCUGGGAGAAGAAGAAGAAGAAGGGGAGGAGGAAGAGGAGACCCCAGCAGAGCGGACGGCCCUGCUGAGCGUGGGCCCAGAUGCUGUCUUUGGCCCAGAGGGCAGCCCCUGGGAGGGCAGGCUUCGCUUCCAGAGGCUCUCCCCACUGCUCUACCGGCUCACGGUGCUGCAAGCAAGCCCCCGUGACACGGGUAACUACUCCUGCCGCGUGGAGGAGUGGCUGCCCAGCCCGCAGAAAGAGUGGUACCGGCUGACAGAGGAGGAGUCAGCCCCCAUCGGCAUCCGUGUCCUGGACACAAGUUCCACCCUCCAGUCCAUAAUCUGCUCCAAUGACGCGCUCUUCUACUUCAUCUUCUUCUACCCCUUCCCCAUCUUUGGCAUCCUUAUCAUCACCAUCCUGCUGGUACGCUUCAAGAGCCGGAACUCCAGCAAGAACUCCGACGGGAAGAAUGGGGUACCCCUGCUGUGGAUCAAAGAACCACAUCUCAACUACUCCCCCACCUGCCUGGAGCCCCCUGUGCUCAGUAUCCACCCAGGAGCCAUAGACUAAGUAGGAAGCCGCAACGGACGUUGGCCAUGGAGGAGCUGGGGCUCUCCCUCGCUGCCUCUUUCUCUUGAUUGGAGAGUUGGCAGCACCCAAACUCUGGAGUGCCCUUGCAGAAGAUGGUCAGACUGGAGAAGUUUCUCAAGUUCCCGAUCAGUUACAGAGACAGGCUGCCUUCAGCUGGCAGUCUUGGUUGGUUAGCUAUUUGCGCGCAAAUACCGUGGUGUUGCCGUUAUAGGUUUCUUGUUUUUUGUUUCUUGUAAUGUAGUGAGUAGCUCCAGGUGCCACGUCUACUCAUGGAUUUAUAUAGUAUUCUCAGCUAGAUGUUACAGGGGUUCUUAUUCUUUGUAAUGUACUCUUUUUAAAGCCCUUUGGUUUACCCCUUUUGGAUUUUGUAAUGCUAUGGACAAUCUCUUACAUACAACCGAUUGCAAAAGGAAGGAUGAACUUUAUAGCGACAAAGAAUCACUUCCAAGACAUUUUGUUUUUGCACUCUUGAAAAUGCCACCGAUGGAUCAAAACACACCCAAACAUUUUUUACUUUUCGUAACGAGACUUGAAUAUUGUGUGUAGCGUGGGCCCAAUUUGUAUUUUAUCUUUUCUCUCAGCCGGAGUUGUUGGAACCACUUUGUAGUCAAGAUGAAAGCAUUGAAUUUUGCUUCAAAGAUCUGUGUGUGUGCAAGCGCAAUCCUGCAUAACCCCAUUAGGAGUAGAUAGUGCUGGCCAGCCUGUCUGUCCAGGAGGCAAAGAAGGCUUCAUCCCAACCUUGCCAAAAAAUAAGAAAACUUUCUCAGAGAAUAGGUCAAAAGCACCAAACAGCACACAGUUUAUAAGCUAAAGUGGGCCGAGGGCUGAUUUUAGCAGCUACUGACUUUCAGAUUGAUCAAAGCAAGUGAUUAGAGAAGAAAGCUGGUGUUGGUUUGCUUGGUUCUGCAAGGGCAGUUGCUCACUGAUAACUGUGGGCACGUGGGCUUUGUCUUCAGGUGCUUUGCCAAACUCUUAAGUGCGCAGUGAGCCAGAGGUGGGACAGUACUGAGCUGAGCGCAUGGGACUGAAGCAGCCACAUACACACCCAGAGGAGGGCACUGGGGUGGCCGCAGUUCAGCCUGCAGAAAAGUGUGAUGGUGAGGCAUGGGAGGGGGAUUUCCAGGGCCUGGCAUUGGAGAGUGGGGAGAAGUAACUACCUCCCUGGACGAAUGAAGACUGGAUUUUGCUUCCUCCUUCCAAUUAGAUUUUCCUCAAAAACAUUAACAUCUUCCUUAUUCAUCAUUUGUCUCUUGCCAUGUCUCACUGCCAUAAAAAUAUCGGACUAGGGGAGGUCUAGACUCAGUCCCUUGGUAAUCCUUUCGCCUUACAGCCUCUCCACAGAAAGUGAUCAUGUGGCAUUGUCUGUGGAGUUUUUUCUUUCCCUUUCUUGGAUCUUGUGUGUGGUUUUAGGUUACUUGGUUGUUCAUUGUUAUGGUGGCUUUUUAAUUUUAGUGUCCCUUAAACCCAACAGGGCCAGUACCACCCCCGUUAUUUUACACUACUGGACAAGGUGCUUGGCUACUUGGGAGCAGUGUCAGCUGUUCACCCCAUGGCGACGUUUUAUGCUCUUGUUUUCCCACAUUUUGCUGGCUAAUAGUGCACUCUCCCUUCCUUUGUGAAUUUGCAUGAAUCCCAAGAGGGCUCCCAAUUUUGAAAAAGCCACCAUGGAUUCUGUAACUGAACAGACUCCAGGGUAAGCUGUGGGACUCCCCCAGCCAUGUGGGUCCUGAUCCUUAUCGUUGUUGGGUGCUGUUGAGUCGAUUCUGACUCUUAGCAACCCAACGUGACAGAGUAGAAC